AUGGAUGAUCUUGAUGUGCGAUCGAGUCCGGGCAGCGAUUCUGCUUCGUCAUGCAGCUGGUGGAGUGACUCUAAUGACGGCCGACUUCGAAGAUCGUAUGCCCCUAGUCCCGAACAUCCAACUGGCAAUCGCGCCGAUGCACAGUUGCUUCCGGGCUUCUCUGGAGAAGCGCGGCGUAUCAUGAACGUGCGGUCGAACAUCACUCUGUACCAGCAGCUCGCCCAUGAGAACCCCUACUCCCAGGCAGCGUCUUUUCCCGAUGCUCAUAAGAGUCCGCUCUGCCCUACAAGUGAUACUCGCAGUGUCAGAUCGAGCGUGCUCUCGUCAAUGCAAGCGGCGCAAGGCUCGAAUAGUGAGGGUUCGAUGCUGAAGGAUAGCGCCGGUGAUUGGGAGGAUGAUGACUGUCAAAGCAAGAUGUCGUUUUAG